UCGCAAAUGUACGAGUGCUAAGGAACAAAAUGGCGUCCUCCCAAUACCAAGAGCAUCCUUGGUACACAUCGUUGCUUGGACUUGCAGAGAACUUCAGGACUUCAAAUCCUCCAAACAUUCGUCUUUGCAUACACUGUCUUCAGUCAAUUUUUACUUUUAAUCCUGCCCCCCAUAUCGAAGCGAGGACACAUCUCCAACUUGGGAGUAUUUUGAUGACCCAUACCAAAAACACUGAUCUUGCAAGAACCCAUCUGGAGAAGGCGUGGUCAAUUUCAUCAACUAUUUCUAAUGCUGAUGAAGUUCGAUAUGAAUCAGCAAGCAUUUUGUCACAACUAUAUGAGAAACAGAUGCAGUCACAGUUGGCAAAACCUAUUUUACGCCAUGCUAUUGAAAUGUCACAGCGUGCACCUUACUGGCAUUGUCGGCUUCUUUUCCAGCUGGCACAAAUUCAUGCCCUUGAGAAGGACAUGGUAUCGGCCAUGAGUCUUUUGUCAGUAGGGGCAGACUAUGCAGCGGCUGCACGCUCAGAAUAUACGCGGCUUCUCUUUCUGCUUAGCAAAGGCAUGUUGGCCCUUAUUGAGCGUAAUAUUGAGAUGGUGUCAGAGUGCAUGGGGCAGGCUGGCAACCUGAUAGACCAUUUCACUGGAUCCCCUGCCCACAAGGAAUCUCUCAAGGUCUUCUUUCUAGUGUUGCAAGUCUGCCACUACCUUAUGGCAGGCCAGGUGAAGAGUGUCAAGCCAGUUCUGAAGCAGCUGCAACAGAGUAUUCAGACCAUCACUCAGAUCCACACUGAAGAUGAGCCACCUAUGUCAAGUAACCCUGUGGACCAGUUUCACUGGCUUCCUAAAGAACAUAUGUGUGUCCUUGUGUAUCUAGUGACUGUGAUGCAUUCCAUGCAGGCUGGGUACAUGGACAAAGCACAAAAGUACACAGACAAGGCACUGAUGCAGAUUGAGAAACUAAAGAUGCUAGACACACAUCCACUGCUGUUAACAUUCCAGUUAAUGCUGCUGGAACACAUUAUCAUGUGUCGUCUCAUCAUGGGACACAAAUCUAUUGCCAUUCAAGAAAUUUUUCAGGCCUGUCAUGUGUGUCAACAGCAACCCAGGCUCUUCUCCAUGCAUAGUGCUCAGAUUCAUACACUUAUAGGUUUGUAUGCGAUGUCCAUGAACUGCAUGGAGGCAGCAGAAGCUCAGUUUAAAACAGCUUUGGAGCAUAGUUCAGGUGAAGGUGAGCUUGCAGGGUUCAUAAACCUCAACCUGGCCAUUGUGUACUUGCGAAUGAACAGGCAGUCAGACUUACACAGGCUGGCAGAGGUCAUUGAUCCAGAUACACUCCAUUCCCAUUCCCACAGUAUGAAGGCAGCAGCCUUUUUUGUCAAGGGAUUGCAGUCUUUCUUCGAGGCAAAUUAUGUAGAUGCAAAACGGUUUCUUCGGGAGACAUUAAAGAUGGCAAAUGCAGAGGAUGUGAACAGGCUGACAUCUUGCUCGUUGGUUCUGCUUGGUCAUAUCUUCCUCUCUCUAGGCAACAAUCAGGAAGCCAUGAACCUGGUGACCCCUGCCAUGCAGCUGGCAGGUAAAAUCCCUGAUGUCCAUGUGCAGCUGUGGGCUUCUUCCCUCCUUAAAGAUUUGUAUCGCCUGAUUGGUGACUCGGUCAAUGAAGCAGAGGGAUAUCGAAUGCACACUUCUUUCUCUCAGUCUCUUCUUCGUGAUCACUUUCAGUCGUCACAGCUAUCAGAGCAUGGGCUAAUUCAGUGGACGACUGGACCAUGCCCAUUUCAUCUUAAUACUUCAGUAACUGGGAGCAGUGUCUUGUGAUCUGUUGGAGUGCAGGUUGAUGGAGACUUAACUUUUCAGACACACAUCUCUCCAAGGGCAGCAAGUACUGUUAAUGCCAUGCAGACGUGAAGGCAGCAUUUCACCCCCCAAACCCCAACCUACCCAGCAUACCCCUCCAGGCCCCUCUUGUACUGGUGAUGUGGACUAGUUCUUGCACUCAGCUGGUGUCGCUUGAUGGCCAUGGGCUGUCACCUGAUCCAUGCAAGACCAGUGUGGACAUGAGGAGGACUAUUAACGCAUGUGAUGCCCUUUUGGACUGGUCAAGUCUGGAUGGUAUUGCAUAUUUGUAACACCACUCAUUGAUGAUCUGCAGUGACUGUGCACAUUCAUGGAUUACUUGACCACAGGUGGACUUUGAACUUUUUAUAAUACCCCUGCUGGUGGGUCAGCUGUGGAUGUUGUAUUCAUAAGAUACCCAUCAUUCACUGAACAUUCUACGUCAUCUUUUAUUUUUAGAAGCAGCUGAAUGUACAUUUGCCACAGGUCUGGGCAAAGGAGGUUGCAGCAGCUGUGAUAACAUUGCUGUUGACUGAUGAGUACAGCAUACAGCAGAAACUUCUGUAAUAAGGCUGGCCGUUCUAGGCCAUCUUGGUUGCUCUGAUGCAUACUCAGCAGCUGGUAGAGAUUUAUGUGUUAACUAUCUAUAAUUGUGAGAGGCAAGAUGUGAUUGAUGGAUGAUCAAUUUAAAAGUGACCCAUCCAUAACUGGUCACCAAAAUAAAAAGUAACCUGAUCACAUUAGAGUAUGAGAACAAGUUAUUUAAUAGCUCGCUGUUCUGGUUAUAUGAUGUAAAAAAUAACGUUGGUGUCCAUGUAGUGAUGGAUGAUAUUGGUGUCACAUAGUCUAAUAACAGUGUUACUCAUCAAAUAGAUGUCGGGCUGUUGAGUGAAUUAGUGAGAACUAGUUUAGGCCUGAAAUUUAAAGUCAGAUUAAACAUGAAUUAUAAGAAGUUACCAAAGGCUGAUAGACCAAAUCAGUGCAUUUAAUCUUACAAUAAGCAAAAUUUAGAAUUCCAAUGUUACAAGGGCUUGCUUGUGUGUCAGUCCAACAUGUAAUAAAUGUAAUGUACAAAAAAAGUAAACAAAAAAAAAAGAUUUCAACAAGUUUUGCAGAUGAGCACUGAGAAUGAUCUGCAGACAUGUUAGAAUAGCGCUAAAACAUGCAUUCUUUUGAUUUUUCUCAGAUUAUGAUCAUCCUACCACUAGACAUGAAAUUUCCAUGACAUUAAAUUCUACUGCUAGCAGUGACAUUUCAGCUAGUCUGAACACCACUUGCCCAGAUGCAUUAUGUUCAUUAUAACUGUAGAACUUUAUACUAGUUCAAACAGUGUGAUUUAGUGUGUGUAUGGGUGAAUUGUCAGCUGCUAAAUGGACAUGAGACAUAUUCUGUGUGUAUGGAGGUAGAGAGCACAUGCUAAGUUUCCUGGCAGCUGGUGUAGUAAACGCAAGAACCUUGAUGAAUUCUGCAGACAUGUAGACAAAAUUUUUUUUCGAUUCUAUAAGGUUCUUCUGUUGUUUUAUCUUUUCUCGCUGUCUUUUUCUUCUGUUGGCUCUUGCUUGUUUUCUGAAGGGUGAACUAGUUAUAAAUAUUUUUUUGAGAAGUUAGUCUUAAGUAAAUCUUGAAUACAGGUGGUUGAUAACUGUCUUAGUGUGGUUGACAUUUAAAUGAGAUAUUUUGCACAUUGAAACAAAAACAGAUCUGCAGAAGGUUCGUAUGUUGUUGGUCUUUUCAUUAGCAUCAAUAUUUUUUAACAAUAAUAGAAUCUGGCAAAUGUUUUUACAUUAGCUUUUUUGAAAAGGUUUUUUGAUUGCAAACAUCUUGUCCUUUAGGUGCCUGCAGAAGAGAACUAAAGAUAAUGCUUCAAUUGCUGGGUGAUUUAGAAAAAAAGGACUUCUUACUGGAAAAUUCAGAGUACUGUUUAGUUGUUGAAUUUCACAGUGGUUACUCCCAACUGAUUCUUUGCUUUCAAACAAACAAAAAGAAACCAGUUUGGUUCAGUGGGUCACAAUAUUUUGUUGAUUACUUUGAUUAGCUCCUGUGUUUAUACAUUACUUCUUGUUGUUUCAAGUAAAAUCUCUUCUAUCCCCACUCCAGGCAUAUUUAUGUUGCAUUAGCAGUGGACAUUUUUUGUGAUUUUACUAAUAAAACUGAUGGACAUGUUUCUUGCACCCACUCUUUUGAUCACUGGGGCUGGCAUCAUGUCACGUUUGUUGCAAACCUUAAUGACAACUUAAAUUGUUUGUAACAAAUAUAAUGGAUGGCAUCAUCUGUCAUAUUUGUUACACAAAAUAACUUUGUGACAACUGGUUAGCAGGAUCUGAAUGUUUUGAUCUAUAUUCAGCAUUUUCACUGUGCAUAUGCACUUUACACAGAAACGAGAAACAAGAUGGACCAAGGUUAGGAUUCAGUCAGCGAUUAGGGUUAAAUGUUGUGAUGCUGUCAGACAGCCACACAAAAGUGUCACAAAAUGGCCCAUAACCAUUAUUUCAGUUUACUUUCAGUAACGUACUAGUUACGAUACUUUGCUCACGUUAUCAACGCUCAUCUAAUGUUGAUGUUUAUGGUGAAAGGUUUCCAUCAAAUCCAGUAGUUUUCUAUCUACACUGCCAGUUAUGAGACUGGCUGCUUGAAAACAAAACUACAGCCUUCAGACAAACUUCUAUCUGGCAUCACUCAUAGGACAGAAGUUUAAGAAUGUAUUUUGAAUGGGAAAGUUUCCCAGAGUCUCUCUUAUAGGCUCUGCAAUUCAAUAAUCAAAAAAGAUAAUUUCUCGGAUCAUAUUAUAUUUCAAAUGUGAUGAGAUGAUUUGGCAGUUCCAGAGCUUUAUUCUGUAUUUUCAGUUUUUGAUUCAUAUUUUUGCAGUCAAAAACCUAUACGUUUUCUGGCAAGAAUUUUAUAAUUGCCAGUUGUGUUCUGUUCAGAAAGCAAUGAAUUUUUCAGCAUUUUCUUGUCUUUAAAACAACUAAAUGAAGCUUCACAAGUAUUUUAGAGCCAGCUUCUUCUUACAAUUUGGUCAUUUUAUCUAUAUAUUAUGUUGUUCGAGAAGUAAGUCUUAAAACAUUAAGUUGAAAAGUAUAAUCUUUUGGGCACUGGGUCCUUUUUUCAUGAAAUCUAUGCAAGUGAUAUUUUGAAGAAGGUAAAACUUUAUUGUACUUUAUUUUGAAUUUGGAUGGUCUAGUUCAAAGAGAGUGCAAUAUUAAAAAGAUAAAGGUCAACAUAUACUAGUAAAGCAGUCUCUAAAUCAUACAAAGUGGCUGUGGUUUAACAGGGACUUUCUAUCAUUCAAUUAAGAAAAACAGUUACAAAAAAAUUCUGUGCACUAUGCUUUAAAGUUUGUCUCUCCAUCCCUACCUGCCCGCAACCUCCUUUGCGCAUACACACAUGAAAUAUGUCGAUGAAAUGACUUUUAUAAUUCCAGACCUUUGCUACCAAGUGCACAUAUCAAGCCCUAACCAUGAGAUGUAGAGUAUUUAUGCUGUAACUAGUUUCAAUUAUCCAGCCACUUUACUCAUACCUUAGUUGUUUAGAUGUGUGUAAAAUGGUUCAUAUACACAUUUUAAAGCUUUGUUUAAAGGAUCUGACUAGAAAUUGUGAAGCAAUAAUAAAGCCACACUUCCCAAUAAUUCAAAAACUAUAAAAUUAAAAAAAAGUGUCCACAAAAGUAACAUGGCAUAUCUUCUGUAUGUUCCUUUCGUCUUUUAUUAUAAUUAUACCUGAAAAUUGAUACUGUCUGGCAUUGAAAUGCAGAUCUAAA